AUGUUCAAAGCAUCCCCCUUCGUUUUGCUCCUGGUGUUCGUCAAGCUCGUCACUUGCGCCCCCGCGUCGGCGAGCGGCACAGCUGCGAGCUCCACCGUGUCUGCAGCUUCGUCUACAGCGACAGUGGAGUACGUCACCACGGACCCCAACGAGGUGCUUUGGAGCGAGGACAGUGACCCGUCUACCGUCAAACCUGAACGCGGCACCCUGGGCGCCUCCGUCAUAGGCCCCGAUAACAUCCCCAUCGACCUACAGAAUCCUGAUCUCAUGGCACCUCCAACCACUGAUUCGGGUACUGUUAUGAACGCGAAAUGGCCUAUGUCCUUUAGUCACAACCGGCUGCAGACGGGUGGUUGGGCGCGUCAGGAGAAUAUCGGUGUGAUGCCGCUCGCUACAGAAAUGGCUGGCGUCAACAUGCGGCUGGAACCUGGAGCUAUCCGCGAAUUGCAUUGGCAUAAGACUGCCGAAUGGGCCUACGUUUUGAAGGGUUCCACUCAAGUAUCCGCAGUCGAUGCUCAAGGCCGCAACUAUCUAGCCACCGUCGGCCCUGGCGAUUUGUGGUAUUUCCCCGCUGGUAUUCCUCACUCCCUACAAGCAACUGGCGACGACCCCGAUGGUUCAGAAUUUCUUUUGGUGUUUGAUGACGGAGAUUUCAGUGAAGAUUCUACGUUCCUGUUGACGGACUGGCUUGCCCAUGUUCCCAUGGAAGUCAUCGAGAGGAACUUCCAGGUCGAUAGCUCUGCAUUCGCGCAUAUUCCCAAAGAAGAGCUGUACAUUUUCCCAAGCACGCUCCCUGGCUCAGAUGACUCUGGUCCGGUUAGUCCUCAAGGAACAGUACCCAAUCCUUUUUCGUUCGCUCUAUCGACGGCCAAUGCUACUGUGACUUCCGGCGGCUCCGUGAAAAUCGUGGAUUCUACAACCUUCACAGUGUCAACUACGAUCGCUAUGGCGGAAGUUACUGUUGAGCCUGGUGCAAUUCGGGAACUUCAUUGGCACCCGACUCAGGAUGAAUGGAGUUUCUUCCUCGAGGGAGAAGCUAGGGUUACGAUCUUUGCUUCCCAAGGCACCGCCAGAACAUUCAACUAUCAACCUGGUGAUGUUGGCUAUGUUCCUACUGCUAUGGGUCACUACGUCGAGAACAUUGGCAACUCUACAUUAAAGUUCCUUGAAAUAUUCAAGUCAGAUCGUUUCGAAGAUAUCAGUCUUAAUCAGUGGUUGGCUUUGACUCCUCCAGACGUCGUGAAGGCUCAUCUCGACUUGUCUGACGAUACCAUUUCGAAGCUCCAAAAGGUGAAACCCAUUGUUAUGGGAGCUUCUUCUUAG